AUGAAGACCUACAUUGUGCAUUUAAGUUCACCUGAAGACCAAGUGAUUCCUCAGCAGUCACAUGACCUUGAAGAAUGGUAUUAUUCAUUUUUGUCAAAUAUUACUUACACAAACUCAAUAACAGAGAAACCAAAAAUAGUUUAUGCGUAUCACCAUGUGAUUACAGGAUUUUCUGCCAAAAUGUCAGCAGAGCAAGCAGAGGCAAUGACUAAUAUGAUUGGGGUUGCAGAAGUAAGACCGGAAAGUCUCUUUCAGUUGCAUACAACUCACUCACAACAGUUUCUAGGCUUGCACCACUAUUCUACUGGUUUGUGGAAAGGUUCAAACUACGGAAAGGGGACCAUAAUUGGGAUUCUAGACUCCGGUAUUACUCCUGGACACGUUUCAUUUCAUGAUAAAGGCGUCCCGCCUCCACCAGCAAGAUGGAAAGGCAAAUGUGAAAUAGCGGGGUGUAAUAAUAAACUGAUUGGAAUGAGAAACUUUGUUUUAACCGAACGUUCCCCUGUUGAUGAACAAGGCCAUGGGACUCACACUUCAAGUACUGCUGCGGGGAAUUUUGUAGCUAAUGCAAAUAUAUUUGGAUAUGCCAACGGUACUGCCUCAGGGACAGCACCACAUGCACACUUGGCAAUGUAUAGAGUAUGUGACCAACAAUAUUGUUCAGAAAGCAACUUACUUGCAGGUAUGGAUGCAGCCAUUACUGAUGGAGUUGAUGUGCUUUCAAUUUCACUUGGUGGACGUUCUGCCCCAUUUUAUCGAGAUGCUUUAGCAAUAUGUGCAUUUGCUGCAAUUCAGAAAGGGAUCUUUGUAAGUUGUUCAGCAGGUAACUCAGGUCCAUUUAUGUCUAGUCUGUCAAAUGAAUCCCCGUGGGUCCUUACAGUUGGGGCCAGUACCAUGGAUAGAAAAAUAAGAACCACAGUUUAUCUUGGAAACAAGAAGUUAAUCGAUGGUGAAUCAUUAUACCAGCCAAAGAACUUCAUUCAAAAGCUAAUGCCACUUGUUUACCCUGGUAAAAAGGGUGAUUACAAUGCAGCAACAUGUAGAAGAGGAUCACUGAACGGCAUUGACGUCAAGGGGAAAGUAGUAUUGUGUGAUUUAGGCGGUAUGAUUGAAGCAAUUGAAAAGGGUGAGGUAGUGAAGGAUGCUGGAGGGGCUGCCAUGAUUCUGGCAAAUGCAGGUUCUUGCCCUGAGACUACAGAACCGCAGGUUCAUGUUCUUCCUGCAUCAAAUGUUGGUUACAAGGAAGGAGUUAAGAUCAAAAGGUACUUGAGUUCAACUUCAUCCCCCAUAGCAGCUAUCCUUUUCCGUGGUACUGUAAUUGGCAUAAAAUCAGCUCCACAAGUGGCUUGUUUCUCUUCAAGAGGACCUAGCCUUGCUAGUCCCGGGAUCCUGAAACCAGACAUCAUUGGACCUGGUGUUGACGUUCUUGCAGCUUGGCCAAAUGUAGUCAAUUACAGGCCACAUAUAAAAACAACAUUUAACCUAUUAUCAGGCACGUCAAUGGCAUGUCCUCAUCUAGCAGGCAUAGCCGCAUUGUUAAAAAGCACACAUCCAAAAUGGUCUCCUGCUGCAAUUAAGUCGGCAAUAAUGACCACAGCGAGUCAAGUAAGUCUAAAUAACAAAUUCAUUGCAGAUGAAAGAAAACUUCCUGCAGACAUUUAUGACAUCGGUGCUGGGCACGUGAGCCCAUCAAAAGCCAACAAUCCAGGGAUUGUUUUUGACAUCCAGCCUCAUGAUUACAUUGCGUAUAUGUGUGGGUUAGGCUAUACAAACGAACAAAUUAGAAUGAUUGUUAAAAGACACUUUUACUGCAUAAAAAGCAUACCCGAAGCAGAGUUGAACUAUCCUUCAUUUGUAGUCGCACUUAAAAGUGGUGAUAGAAAAGCAUAUUCAAGGACGGUGACCAACGUUGGUAUAGCACGGUCAACUUACACCAUUGGGAAUGUUUCACUCCCGCAGGGUGUACAUAUGGUGAUUAGCCGUCCUCAGGGGCUGAGAUUCAUAGCCAUGAACCAGAAGUUAACAUAUAAAUUAACAUUUAGUCGUGAUUACACGGAUAAGAUAAGAGGUCCUUAUGGCCAAGGUUAUAUGACUUGGAUUUCAGGAAAAUACUCAGUCAGAACUCCAUUUUUAUUCAUGUUUAGAUGA